UGUUUACCGAGAGCUCUUCCCAAGCAUGUGGGGCAGCAUGGAAGAAAAUAUGAAGUUGCUUGUUUGAAAAUGUAACAAGUGGGCCGUGGAGGUUGGCAUCGUGUGUUGAUCAGAGGUGGAAGUCAGCAUCUCAGUAGCUAAUAAGAGACGAUAAAUAGGGUGGGAAUAAGUUGUGAAGGGCCUGCAAGUGAAGACAAGUGGCUUAUGACAGAUGCUUUAGAGAAAGGAGAGCCAACAGAGGGAUGCAAAGAAAGCUGUUUCAUGGUUAAGCUAUAGGCUAGAAAAAUGAUCUUUGCAGCAGUAUUACAAAUGGAUAUGAAUGGGGCAAGAUUACAUUUGUCAGUGCUAGAGAAAAUGAUAUUGCAGUAAUCAAGAUGUGAGAUGCUGAGAACCUGGAGGAGAGUGCUAGCUAUGUGGAUGGAUCAGAAAGAAUGUAUCUUAGAGAGGCAGACAGAAUUAACAAGACAUAGACAUGGCCUGAGUUUGAGGAUCUAGAGAACAGUCUGAGUCAAAGAAGAUGCUCAGGUUAUGGACCUGAGUGACUGGCAGGAUGGUGGUGUCCACAGUGAUCAAGAAAGGAGGUGGCAUGGAGGGCUGAAGUGGACAGGAAGAGAUUAAAAGCUCUGUUUUUGCCUCAUUGAGCUUGAACUGAUGGUUAGACAGCCACAAGGAGAGGUCAGAGAGAGAGGCUGAGAUUUUAGUUUGGACAGAAGGAGACAGGUCUGGAGUAAAGAGGUAAAAGGAUGGAGUCCUUUGGAUCCCCAACAGAAAGUUGGAAAGGGGAUGAGAAGGAUCCUCUGAAGGACAUGCUGGAAUGAUUAAAGAAGUAAGAGGUGAACCCGGAGAGAUCCAAAAAACAGAAGCCAAGGGAGGACAAGAUUUCAAAAAGAAGAGUAUGAUCAACUGUUGCAAAGUUCAACUUAUGAUACCAAAACAAGACAGAAGGUGGCAGUAAAAAAGCUUUCAAGACCUUUUCAGUCACUUAUUCAUGCAAGAAGAACCUAUCGAGAGCUUAGGUUGCUUAAGCACAUGAAACAUGAAAAUGUUAUAGGAUUACUAGAUGUUUUUACACCAGCAACUUCAAUAGAAAAUUUUAAUGAAGUGUAUCUUGUGACAAAUUUAAUGGGUGCUGACUUGAAUAAUAUUGUAAAGUGCCAGAAGCUAACAGAUGACCAUAUACAGUUUCUCAUCUACCAGUUACUUAGAGGUCUUAAGUAUAUUCACUCAGCUGGAAUCAUCCACCGGGACUUGAAACCCAGUAACCUAGCUGUAAAUGAAGACUGUGAAUUAAGGAUUUUAGACUUUGGUUUAGCCCGACAAACUGAUGAUGAAAUGACUGGAUAUGUAGCAACAAGAUGGUACAGAGCCCCAGAAAUUAUGUUAAACUGGAUGCACUAUAAUCAAACAGUUGACAUUUGGUCAGUGGGAUGCAUCAUGGCAGAGCUAUUGAAAGGCAAGGCUCUUUUUCCAGGAAAUGACUAUAUUGACCAACUAAAGAGAAUAAUGGAAGUUGUGGGAACACCCAGUUCUGAACUUCUCAAGAAAAUAUCAUCAGAACAUGCUAGAAAAUACAUUGAAUCUCUACCACAUAUGCCUCAACAGGAUUUGAAAGCAGUAUUUCGUGGUGCCAACCCUUUAGCUGUAGAUCUUCUUGAGAAGAUGCUUAUAUUAGACAGUGAUAAAAGAAUAACUGCCUCAGAAGCACUCGCACAUGCUUACUUUGUUCAGUAUCAUGAUCCUGAUGAUGAGCCUGAGGCCGAACUAUAUGAUGAGUCGAUAGAAAAUAAAGAACGAACCAUAGAUGAAUGGAAAGAGAUUACGUAUGAAGAAAUGAUUAGCUUUAAACCACCUGAUUUAAAAAUGGAUAGCCUGGAAAUAGAACAGUAAAUACAACCAGCUGUGUUUUGCCAUGCUGCACUAUCAAGACUGUUGAAAACAUAGCAUUACAAUUUAACCUAUAUUCCCAAGAGUAGAUUUCACUAUCCAAAGAUGUUGGAGAAGGAAUGGAAGAGCAGGUAAAUGAUACUGAAGUCAGAUGUUUUUUGCCUUGUACUAUGAAUGUAAUCACAGAACAUAAAAGGCGAUAAAGAACUGCUUCAUUCUGACAAAAUGAUGCACUGAGUUCUGUUUUGCUGGAUUUUUCUGCAUGUUUCAUUUUAUCAGUUGUAAUGCCAAAAAUGAAGGUAACUUUUUUAUUAUUUUGAAUAUACUUUUUUUGAAAUUGUACAUUUUAAAGCAUGAAUGUGUGCAAACAUGAAAGUAGAUGUCCAUACACGCAACCAGUUGUUUCCUGGCAUUACCCUAAUUUUAUCUGUUUUUUGUUUUUUAUUUAUAGCUAGUGCCUUUAAGAAAAAGAGGGCAUGGUAGUGAGUUAGACAUAAUAUGCAAACGUAGUCAUAUCUGUGGUGGUCUUAUAAACAUAUUGGAUGUCUCUUGAGUGGUUUAACACCAGUUGGAAAUCAAUGAAUAAAUCUUUGUCAUGUUGCCAUUUAAA